CUGUUCCAUUCAGCUCUGUAUAGAGGUUGGGUAAGAAAAUAUUGCUUGACCCCCAAGCUCUUUGUUACAUGAAACUGUUCUGUUAGUGAUUGUAAGUUUUUAUAGUAUUUCUCUCACAGCACAUAGGACAAGGGAAAUGGAGGAGAAAGUGGUAAAUUCCAGGUUCAAGAGGGUUUGUGUGUUCUGUGGGAGCAGUACUGGCAAGAGGGAUUGCUAUAGAGAUGCUGCUAUUGAAUUGGGCCAAGAAUUGGUGUCAAGGAGAUUGGAUCUUGUGUAUGGAGGAGGGAGUGUUGGCUUGAUGGGUUUGGUUUCUCAAGCUGUGCAUGAUGGUGGAGGACAUGUUCUUGGGAUUAUACCUAGAACUCUGAUGAGCAAAGAGUUGACAGGUGAGACAGUUGGGGAGGUAAAGCCCGUAGCAGACAUGCAUCAGAGGAAGGCCGAGAUGGCCCGCCAUUCCGAUUGCUUUAUUGCCUUACCAGGUGGGUAUGGAACUUUGGAGGAGUUAUUGGAGGUCAUCACUUGGGCUCAACUGGGUAUCCAUGACAAGCCUGUGGGUUUGUUGAAUGUUGAUGGUUACUACAACUUCUUCUUGACCUUCAUUGACAAAGCUGUUGAUGAUGGGUUCAUCAAGCCAUACCAGCGUCACAUCUUCGUGUCUGCCCCAAACGCCAAAGAACUCGUCCAAAAACUUGAGGAGUACGAGCCUGUGCAUGAUGAAAUCAUUUCUAAUCUGAAGUGGGAGGUCGAGCAGCAACCACAGGUGGAGUUCAGCACUUUGCAGACUGAGGUUGCUCUGUAAAAGAUGUAUAUAUAUAUAGAUAUAUAUGUAUGUAUAGAUGACUGAGGAGGGAGAUGGAAGAGGAUGUGGGCACAAUCCCUUUUAUCUGAUUUUGGGUAUUAUGUGCUGGGUACUGACUUAACCAGAAUGUCAUCAUGGGUAUGAACAAUUUGGUGUUAAAUAAAGAGAAGGCAAAAACAAAUUUGCUGGUGUUUUGUAGUAGUGUUUUGUAAUAUCUCAUGAUCUGACUCUGAACAGAAUAGAUGUUUUAUCGAAAUUUUGGAAGGAAACAUCGUUUAGUUAUUUA